UGACUUGUGUUUUAUUCUUCCUGGUUGCGGCCAAGAGAAUAGGACAAAACAGUCUACCGGCGAGAGGUCCAGAGGUCCGACACUACGAACGAGGGAACACAAAACAGGAUCGAAGAAAAUACCAACAAACCACUGCAAAGCAAAACGGUGCUAACAAACGAAUGGUCCAAAACGUCACCUCAGGAGCAAGAGAAAAAUCGUCAGCUACCCGGAGAGGAUAUGAAAGAUUCAAAAACUUGAGAAUGCGCAGAAACAUCCGACAAAGAUUGAAAAAACAUAUGACGGAAGGCGUAAAGAAGAAAUACUGACUGGAGAGAACUGACAGACGUUCAACCGAGUGAGAGAAAUAAUGGAUGGAAUUAUUUUAUAUCCGGCAGAUUUUGUUGAUGAAGGAACACUGACAAGAAAUGAAUGAAAUAAAGAUAAGUUGCCUUUGUUUGAUAUUAUUUAUGCAUAAUAUUUUGUCAAGAACUAUGUCAUCUUACGUUUUCCUACAGAUAAAACAGGAGUCUGUCGUGGAGUAGCGGAAGUGGUUUUACAGGACGACAGGUGAGUAUGUAAACAGUAAGCAGCCACAGGUAAGUACAAUUUACUUACUAAGUAAGCGAGAAUUCCAUGGAACCACAAACAGGUAAGCUGUAUAAAAAUCCAUCCCCAAACCCUCCUCCCAAUGCCCAAUGAUAGGAAUGUUAGGGAUCAUAAGCGAAAAUCGAUAUAUACAUGGAUCGUAUUUUUAAAGAAAUAAUUUACUUGAUUUAGCUAUAACAACCACACCAACCACAACGGCAAGUACUACCGCUACCACUACAGCUCAGAGGAUGACGACCAAAGGGACAACUCCUCCAAUGAUCGGCGACCGCCCACAUGUCGGACUAAAUGAGAAUUGCGGCGAACACUCGAGUGAGGCUAUUUGUUAUGUGCUGCAUAGUUCAUGUGUGAAGGGAACCGACACGCAGUGGACAUGUCAAUGCAUUCGAAAAUAUCUGCAGAAAAAUUUAAUGUGUGUUCCAAUUCCCACUAACAUACUGGAAACAAAUUACGAAUUUAGCAUGGACUCAGAUGCGUCAAGUGGCACCACAGUCGGCCAAAUUCAUAUUGUCAACGUAGACGGAAUCGUAAGUCAAAGUACACCAACAUUAAAGCCGGACACAGCAGAUUUUAGUAUCACUAUCGCAGAUUCGUCAUCUUUUAAUUUGACAAAAAACGCAAACACAAUUUUCAUUAAUCCCUUGCACCUGACGUUGAUUGUCUCGUCAAUUCUAUCAGACGGCUCAACAAUCGUAGAUUACACCGAGGUUACCGUCAUUCCAGACAUAGUCUCCGUUGAGACAGCAGAAAUUAUUCUAGCUGAAGGAACAAGACAAGGAAGUUUCGUGUCUGAUAUCCCAGGACUCAAUAAGUACACAUCCUCUGACGGUCAAUCGUACGGACUGGCAGGAGUAUACAGCGGAUUCUUUAGUUUGGACGACCAUGGUGACAUCUUCUGUUCAAAAACUAUUUCGUUCGACCAAAUGGGCCAGGCAACUGACACUUACGCAUUUAUCACAGAAUUACAAAUUAACCGAAAAGCCCUGGCUUCAGACACACCAACACAUGUCGCUAAGCUGUCACUUUUGAUUGUGCGUGAUAGGUUCAGUCGGGAAAUUUUAGAAGACACCGUAGCGGAAAAAAUUCUAGGCCGAUUCGUUGGGAAUUCGUCAUCCAAUCCGUUUGAUUUCAAUCUGACUGACGUUAGCACUCAGAAAAAAUUCUAUACGUAUUUUACUUACAAUACCAGUUCCGGUGCUAUAGGGAAAUCUUCCAUACCGCUUGACUUCACAAAGCAAAAUGCACGAGAAUUUCAAUUCGAAAUCCGCAUUAAUUGGAAAUCUCACCUAGACUAUGUCAAAAUACCAGGUGAAAUAAUGGUCAAUGAUGUGAACAAUCAUUCUCCGGUAUGCGUUUUUGACAAGUCUAUAUUCCAGGUAAUCUCGGGAUCUCCAUUAGGAACGUAUAUAGGUCUGGUAAAUACAACUGACGUCGAUACUGUAGGUACAGUUACAUAUAGUAUCAUCGAUGACGUGUACUCCAAAGUGUUCACCAUUACACCACACAGUGGUGUCCUCAUAGCCAACCAAGCGAUCACUGCCUCAAAGUUGGGAGACCGAAUCAGUUUUACUGUUCAUGCCAACGACAGCUUUGGUACAGUAGACUGCCUCAUCGUUGUUGAUAUACUCAAGCUUAGCGAUGAGAACGCUAACCUUGGCUUGACCUUCACUGGCACCUUACAAGAAGAACUGCCUCCACCUGUUCAUGUCGCCAAUGUCUCCGUGCAGAACUAUACCAACUUCAAAUUCAUGACCACGAAAGACGACGAAUAUUUUAAACUGAAUUCUACAACUGGAGAGGUGACAUCUAUACAUACACUUGAUCGAGAGAACCUACCGGACGGCUUCCGUGGCAACACUGUAACCUUUGGGAUCCAGGCCAAUCUAGACGACGAAGAUUCAUGUACAAUUACGAUCAUGGGUGACUUGACGAUCAACGUAAAAGAUAUCAAUGACAACUCGCCAUGCUUUAAGAUAACAGAAAGCAGUUGUUCAUCACCUGUCACGUUUGAAGGCAAGAUAACGGAAGACGUUCACGAUCAGCAAGAGGUUAUCUUUGAAAAUCCUUCGAAUUUAGAAUUCUUUGAUCCAGAUGAGAUCGGUAAUUUGACAGUGGAACUCACUCCAGAUCUUCACUACUUCACGUACGAGAUAAUAAACAAUGUUAUAAAAAUUCUCACCAAAACUGGUGUCGUUCUUGACCGGGAGAAGAUAGGACAUUUUAGUAUGAAACUUUACGUGAAGGAUGGUGGGAGCCACACAGCUACUGCCACUUUGAUGAUAACGGUGGUUGAUGUGAACGAUAAUCCGCCAGUAUUUACAGAACAGUCAUACACAUAUAGCAUCCCAGAGAAUACAACUGUUGGAGAAGAAGUUGGAGUUGUUAAUGCAACCGAUCAGGACACAGGACUGAACGCAGAAAUUAGUUAUUCAAUUAUCAGCAGCUAUUUUAGCGUCAAUGAGAAAACAGGCAAAAUUACGACAAAGAAAAAACUUGACCGGGAAUCGAUCGCUAGUUACAAUAUACAACUACUGGCUAGAGACAAUGGUCAGCCCAGCUUAACAACACAAACGACAGUGUAUAUACAGAUAAUUGAUGUGAAUGAUAACGAUCCAACGUUUUCCCAACACGAAUACAGAUUCACAAUAGAAGAAAAUAAUGACUGUAAUGUUUCUCUUGGUUCAGUUAAUGCAACAGACGAUGAUAUCGGCAACAAUAGUGCAAUCAGAUUCACAGUUUCUGACUCGCAGGAUUUCAGAAUAAACGAAAAAGGUGAAAUAUUCUGCAGACAUAGUCUAGACUACGAAUCGAAUCGGGAUCCGAGUUUCGUCGUUACAGCAACCGAUGGUGGUAUUCCAAGUAGAAGUUCCACUACCCACAUAGUGAUAGAAGUACGUGACAAAAACGACAAUCCACCGAAGUUUACACAUAACGUCACGAUUGUUAACGUUACACACAUGGACUUUAUGGAACACUCGCGAAGACUUAUUGCAUUGCUUGAGGUGACAGACAGGGAUACGGGUGACAACGGACGAUUCCAUUUUGAGAUUUGCAAGGCAUACAACGAGUCGUUUACGGUAGCUGAUAGUGGUGCGGUGUCCACAACAACAAAACAACCUGAUGCAUCGCAAAUUCCAAAUUGUGCUGUAACGGCAACAGAUUACGGACGAGAGCCAAUGUCCUCCACUGCAUGGAUCGAAUUCUACGUCGACAGUUCUAGCGACAUUGGUGCAUCGGGAGUAACCUUCAAUAGUAGUGAGUUAGUCCUUCAUGUCGAGGAGGUAUAUUCUGAAUCAAGAGAUAUCGGCAGACUACAAAUUCAAAACAAUAAGACAGAUAAUGUCACGUUUAAGAUGAUUUCGUCAUUGGAUGGCACAUUCAAUAACAAUACCUUGACCAUGAGCGGAAAUAACGGAUCAUUUUGUCUUGAUCCUAGAAGUGGAAUUGUCAGGAAGAGUGGGGUCUUCGAUAGAGAAACAAAGGAUACGUAUAGAUUUUUAGCCCGGGUUAACGAAGCGAACGCUCAGGAUUUGACACUGGUUACUAUCAAUGUGACAGAUGUUAAUGAGCGCCCACGAUUUGUGACCACGUUAAAACAAUUAGGAGUCAAAGAAGAUGUCAUAAACACCGCCAUAUUUACUUCCGAAUUAGCAGAGGACGACGACCUCGGUGAUAAUGGGACUAUGAUCUUCAAUCUGACGAAGCAAGAGCCAAUGUCAGAUAAUCAGUUUAAUUUUGAUGUGAAUACAACCAAUGGUACCAUAUCAGUGGUGCGAACUCUUGACUACGAAACUGUGAAGCAAUAUAACAUCACAGUUGAGGUACGGGACAUGGGGACACCAUACUCGCUUUCAGCAACGCGAGUAUUUGAAGUUGUGGUGAACAAUGUCAAUGACAACCCACCUACUUUCCUGAACACGAGCAAUGAUAACGGACUAUGUUCAUAUAAAAUAGACGUCAACGAGAACAUAUCACUUGAUAGUGUAGUUCUUGACUUCGCAAUAGCUGAUAUCGAUGGAAUCGAAAUGUUCCAAAGGAGCAUUCUGUCUGUGAUUGACCAAGAUGGCUGUCCUCUGAAGCCAGUUUCGCAUACUUUCCCGGAUAUGUCUCUUUUGAGUAAUGCUACCCUCGACUAUGAAUCCCAGACGAGCCAUGUGUGUGUCAUAAAGGUGACCAAUACCGCGCCUCCACAUCUCUUCAACAACUGUUCUGUACAUAUCGUUGUCCAGGAUGUCAAUGACAACUUUCCUCAAACGCACGGACCCUACACUGUCAACGUCACGAAUGGCAAAAUUAAUGACGUCAUUCUAGUCAUUAAAGCUACGGACGCAGACAGUGGUGAAAAUAGUCGACUUGUGUAUAGUUACAACGAGGAAACAGAUUCGACGGCCUUUUUUGGAAUCAAUCCAUCUAAAGGAAGCAUCACAAUAGUCAAGGAUCUCUUCCAAUUUACGUCGGCCGAAGCAAAGCUGAACGUUAAAGUUUCUGACAGGGGCAAUCCGCCUAAUUCAAAUAUUACUCAGGUUGUUAUCAACAUCAUAAGUAACAACACAGAGCCCUGGUUUCAAGGGCCAUCAAAGUGUAGCGGCAAAACCAACCCCCAACCCAACUACUCAUGUAAAAUACAGGAAGUUGAUGGUCAAACUGAUCCAAAUAUGAAUGAAGCUGUGAGUAAUGAACUUCUACAUGUCACAGCUUGUGACAAAGAUGAUGGGAAAUUUGUCAAGUGUAACUGUUCAUACGAAUUUGUCGAAGGCGCACACGAUUAUUUUGACAUUAACAAAAGUACUGGCAUGGUAAGGCAAACAAAGCCGGUUGAUAGAGAGGUAACUCCGUAUUUCCUGUUGAAUAUAUCUGCCACGGACCAUGGUUAUCCUCCACGACAGUCAAGGAUAAAUGCGGUACUUAACAUAUCUGUCGUUGACCUAGACGACAACCCGCCACGUUUUAAGAAAGAGCUCUUUCUAUUUAACGUAUCAAAUUUACAGAAUUGCUCUGUCGAAGAUCUGUUUGGACCCGUCCGCGCCACAGAUUCGGAUUAUGGAAUCAACGCCACAGCCACCUACACCGUGUCAGAUUACGAGCAUGCUCCCUUUAUAUAUAAUGACACCUCGGGCUAUUUCAAGGUUUCCAAAUCUCUAACAAACCUGACCGGCCAGACAUUCAUUAUGUUUUUACAAGCGACAGGUGUAACUACAAAGUCGUUUACUGAUAAAACCUUUGUGCAAUUCAAAAUCUAUUAUGAAGACCCGAACAAAUCAUCGCCAACAUUUAAUCAAAGUAUUUACAGUGUCACAAUCCCAUUCAGCACGACAACACCUUAUAUGAUCGGACAAUACAUGGCCGUGGAUACAGACGAAGACAGAUAUGGUGAAAUUAAAUAUCACUUAGAAAGCAACAAUUGGGAAACGUUUGUAGUUGAUAGUAAGAGCGGCAAGAUUUCACUUCAAUAUAACGUUACUGAUGCGAUCCCUUACUAUGUCAAAAUCGUCAAUUUAACGUUAUGGGCAACAGAUGGCGGCAAUCCACCUAAGUCCGGGUCUUGUUUAAUCACUAUAAUUCUGACGGGCUAUAAAAAUGAGGAGUGUUCCAGUGGGAACAAUAAACCUGAAGCUACUAAACAAAACAAGGAUAGCCAAUACGAAACUCCGCUGUAUGCAGUUAUAGGCGUCGCUGUUGGUCUAUUGCUUCUGCUCGUCGUUGGCUUCCUAGUCAUGUUCUCAAGAAAUCGAGUAGUUCUCAAUAAAUACCAAAUGACCAGGCAACGAUUGUCAACAGUACAAGACCCGUAUGAUUUAAAGAAUGAAAGUUAUCAGCGACUCAGUAAGCAGAGAUCUAGCGGGGAGUACAACAGAACCUUCGACCACGGAUUAGAAACCAACCGCAUGAGUAUGAAGGAGGACUAUGAUAGGCUGGACGAGUAUGACCGCGUAAAUGAACCGGAACCAGAUUAUGAUACAACACGAAUUUAGCAAUAUGUCGGUAUUUUAACAAAUUUGUUCAUUUUUUAAACAACCUAUAUACCUUAAUAGUUCACGGAACCUUCAUAUGAAUAGUACAUGGCUUUAUGCUGUUUUCACAUUAUAUCCGUGUUGUCGUUAACUCUGAGGAUUUAAGCAUUUUUAAAUCUCAUUAAUUCACACAUACAUUCGUCACUUUCCUUCUCAAAUCCAACGGUGUCACGUCUAUAUGAUAGAUUUUACAGCUUUGUAUGUGUGCAACUCUUUUGCAAAGAAGGUAAAAAUGAUAUCCUCAGUGGAAAUAAUUGUGACAUAUUAUGUUUAAAACUUACUCAGAGCCGCGUCAAAGGACUGUUCCGUUAGUAUUCCGUUUGGGAACUCCGCUAAUUUAAAGCUAAAUUAGAAGUUCUUAGUUACCAUAUUUUCUUUACAAGUUAAAUGUUUUAUUGUCGAAAAGAGGUGGUAGUGUUUCCUCAAGUAUGUUAAUGUCAAGACUAUAUGUUCACGUUAUGCAGAUUUGUGAAGAUUUAUAAUUUAUGUAUUAAUGUAGAAUACGUAGUUUCUUUAUCAUAUGUUUACAGAAAGGGAGAACAAGCGUAUUUUUUAUCAUGUAACUAAUUUUAAUAUAUUAUGUCUUUUCAUUUUACUGUAUAUGUGAAAUUGUUGCGUAAAAUGUCACUUAUGUACAAAGAUAAAUGCUACGUAAUAACACACUAUGAAAUAUGUAUAUUAGUUUAUCAGUCCGAAUACGAAGUAAGACAUUAUCUUAUGCUCGUGUUUCAGUCUGAAUGCGAAGACAUUAUCUUAUGCUCGUGUUUCAGUCUGAAUGUUACGAAAACGACAAAUCGUUUAUUUGUCUUUAAUCGAAAUGAUAUGAAAUGACACAAUCAUUUAGAAGCCCAGGUUACAUGGAGCUUGAUUUCUUAUAUAUACUAUAUAACUGAUAAAAUAUUACCAAGGAAUAUUAUCAAAAUUUUAGUAGUUCACAUGGAAACUUGCUUCUCCACAGCUAGUACAAAUGAAACCGAACCUCGAAUGACCUAGUUUCAUAAUUAAAAGUUAAACUGUUUAUACUUUCGUAACAUUAAGUGCUGUUACAAAAGUAAUUAACAUGUUAUAAUAUCUGGUGACAAUUGUUUACGAGUUUAUCACUCUAAUGUAUUAUUGGUGGCCAAGGCCGCGUCGCUGUAUUUUAAUAACGUAGUGCAUAUUUGAUAUAUCCUUUAUAUAUGUAUGACUUGAUCCGGUGUUGAAAUUAAUACUUUGUAUUAAUCUCACUCAUUAUUUUUUUAAUGGAAUUAGAACUCAUGAUUAUGUGUUAUCCGAGGUCAUAGUAAUAGCCAGCAAUUAAUGCUUAACGCACAUACACUUUGUUGCAUAAUAUACAUUGUUAAAUAUGUGUAUUUUGGAGAAUGUAUCAUCUUUCCAUUUCCAUCAUAUGCCUUUGUAAAUUCAUUGUUCGUUUUACGUUUCAUAUAAAUGUAGUUUCAA